GCAGCACCCUGUAAGCUACUUCAGCCUCCAUCCUACUUGUUCCUCUGGUGAACCAGGUUAAUUUGAAUUUACAAAAGGAUGUCAAAACUCCUACAAAGCAUUGUUACUGUCAUCGAUAUUUUCUACCAAUAUGCCAACCAGGAUGGGGAGUGUGACAUGUUGAACAAGGCAGAACUGAAAGAACUUUUGGAAAAUGAGUUUGGUCAAAUUCUGAAGAAUCCAGAUGAUCCAGACACUGUAGAUAUCAUCAUGCAAAAUCUAGAUCAAGACCAUAACAAGAAAGUAGAAUUUACUGAGUAUCUUCUGAUGAUAUUCAAGCUGACUCGGGCCUGUAAUAAAAUCGUCAGCAAAGAUUACUGCCAAGCUUCAGGGUCAAAGCAAAGAGGUCACAGUCACCAGGACCAAGAGGAACAGAGUGAAACAGAAGAGGAUGAAGGGCAAAAAUCAUCUUCCAGUAACUUAAGUUGGCGUGAAGGAGAGAAUGAUUCCCAUUCCAGAGGUUCGAGAGGUAGCAUUAGACACAGGUCUAGGUCCAGCUCCAGAAUAACUGGGCAUCAAGGAGGCUUGUCUAGUUCUGGGGACAGGCAAAGCUCUAGGGAAAGAAGGAGGGAGUCAAAUUCAGGCCACUCCAAGGGUAGCAAGAAAAACAAGCAUGGCUCUCAUCAGCACAAAAGGUCUAGGAGUGAAGAAGUUGGUUAUACUCAUUCAAGCAACCACGGAACAAGAUCAAACUCAAGAAAUUGGUCAGGCACUUAUGGAGAACAAGGGCAUGUGAGCCACUCAGAGGAUCAGUCUUUCAGUUCUGAUCAAAACUGGUCUGACUCAAAUGAAUAUGUGGGGAAUAGACAACAUAAGAAAAAAUCAAGCCAGUCACCUAGUAAGGAGCAUCAUGGAUUCAUCUCAGGGAGUUGUGGAGGACAAGGCCACUGGUCAAAUUCAAAUGAGCCUACUGGUUAUGGUCAUGGCUAUGGCUCAGGCCAGCCUUCUCAGGAGAGAUGGCAUGAAUCAAAUGAAGGAUAUCAAUCAGGAAAUUGUGAAGAACAAGGAAACUGUUCUACUUCUAGUUCGAGUGAGGUAUCUAGUUAUGGCCAACACAGGUCAGGCUCAGGACACCCGUCUAGCAGUAUCCAACAUGGAUCUGGAUCAGGUCAAUCCUCUUGCUAUGGACAACAUAGAUCUAGCUCAGGUCAGUCUUCUAGCUUUAGUCACCACGGAACUAGCAUAGGUCAAUCCUCUAGCUAUGAACAGCCUAGUUCUACUUCAAGACAGUCACCAAACUGUAGCCAACAUGGACCUAGCUUAGGUCACUCUACUAGCUGUGGUCAAUAUGGAUCUGGGGCAGGUCAGUCAUCCAGCUGUGGCCAACACAGUUCUGGAUCAAGUCAAUCUCUUAAUCAUGGCCAGCAUAGGUCUGAAUCAAGUCAGACAUCUAGCUAUGGCCAACAAAGGACUGGUUCAGGUCAGUCUUCUGGCUUUAGACAACACAGGUCUGGCUCAGGAGAGUCUUCUGGAUUUAAUCAGCAUAGAACUGGCUUAGGUCAAUCCUCUAGCUAUGAACAACAUGGUUCCACCUCAGGACAGUCACAAAGCUAUGGCCAACAUGGAUCUAACUCCUCUAGCUAUGGUCAACAUGGCUCAAGCCAGUAUUCUGGUCACAGUCAACACAGGUCUGGCUCAAGUCAGUCUUCUGGCCACAGCCAACAUGGAUCUGGCUCAGGUCAGUCUUCUAGCUUUGGUCAGCAUGGUUCUAGCUCAAGAGAGUCAUCUGGCUUUGGUCAACAUGGAUCUGGCUUAGGUCAGUCCUCUAGCUAUGGGCAACACGGUUCUACUUCAGGACAGUCAUCAAGCUGUGGACAGCAGGGAUCUAACUUAGGUCAGUCCUCUACCUAUGGGCAACAUGGCUCUAGUCAAUAUGGCUCAAGUCAGUCUUAUAGCCACAGCAGACACAGAUCUGGCUCACGUCAGUCUUCUGGCCACAGUCGACAUGGAUCUGGCUCAGGUCAGUCUUCCAGCUUUGGUCAGCAUGGUUCUAGCUCAAGAGAGUCAUCUGGCUUUGGUCAACAUGGAUCUGGCUUAGGUCAAUCCUCUAGCUAUGGGCAACACGGUUCUACUUCAGGACAGUCAUCAGGCUGUGGACAGCAGGGAUCUAACUUAGGUCAGUCGUCUAGCUAUGGUCAACGGAGCUCAAGUCAAUAUGGCUCAAGUCAGUCUUAUAGCCACAGCAGACACAGAUCUGGCUCAAGUCAGUCUUCUGGCCACAGUCGACAUGGAUCUGGCUCAGGUCAGUCUUCCAGCUUUGGUCAGCAUGGUUCUAGCUCAAGAGAGUCAUCUGGCUUUGGUCAACAUGGAUCUGGCUUAGGUCAGUCCUCUAGCUAUGGACAACAUGGUUCCACCUCAGGACAGUCACAAAGCUAUGGCCAACAUGGAUCUAACUCCUCUAGCUAUGGUCAACAUGGCUCAAGCCAGUAUUCUGGUCACAGUCAACACAGGUCUGGCUCAAGUCAGUCUUCUGGCCACAGACAACAUGGAUCUGGCUCUACUUCAGGACAGUCAUCAAGCUGUGGCCAGCAGGGAUCUAACUUAGGUCAGUCCUCCAGCUAUGGUCAACAUGGUUCAAGUCAGUAUGGCUCAAGUCAAUCUUCUAGCCACAGUCGACAUGGAUCUGGCUCAGGUCAGUCUUCCAGCUUUGGUCAGCAUGGUUCUAGCUCAAGACAGUCAUCUGGCUUUGGUCAACAUGGAUCUGGCUUAGGUCAGUCCUCUAGCUAUGGACAGCAUGGUUCUACUUCAGGACAGUCAUCAAGCUGUGGCCAGCAGGAAUCUAACUUAGGUCAGUCCUCCAGCUAUGGUCAACAUGGUUCAAGUCAGUAUGGCUCAAGUCAAUCUUCUAGCCACAGUCGACAUGGAUCUGGCUCAGGUCAGUCUUCCAGCUUUGGUCAGCAUGGUUCUAGCUCAAGAGAGUCAUCUGGCUUUGGUCAACAUGGAUCUGGCUUAGGUCAAUCCUCUAGCUUUGGGCAACAUGGUUUUACUUCAGGACAGUCAUCAGGCUGUGGCCAGCAGGGAUCUAACUUAGGUCAGUCCUCCAACCAUGGUCAAUGUGGCUCAAGUCAAUAUAGCUCCAGUCAGUACAGUCAGCAUUCUGGUCACAGCCGACACAGGUCUGGCUCAAGUCAGUCUUCUGGCCACAGCCAACAUGGAUCUGGCUCAGGUCAGUCUUCUAGCUUUGGUCAGCAUGGUUCUAGCUCAAGAGAGUCAACUGGCUUUGGUCAACAUGGAUCUGGUUUAGGUCAGUCCUCCAGCUAUGGUCAACAUGGUUCAAGUCAAUAUGGCUCAGGUCAAUCUUACAGCCACAGAAGACACAGAUCUGGCUCAAGUCAGUUGUCUGGCCACAGCCAACAUGGAUCUGGCUCAGGUCAGUCUUCUAGUUUUGGUCAGCAUGGUUCUAGCUCAAGAGAGUCAUCUGGCUUUGGUCAGCAUGGCUCUGGUUUAGGUCAGUCAUCUAGCUAUGGACAACAUGGUUCUACUUCAGGACAGUCAUCAAGCUGCAGCCAACAGGGAUCUAACUUAGGUCAGUCUUCCAGCUAUGGUCAACAUGGCUCAAGUCAAUAUGGUUCAAGUCAGUCUUCUGGCCGCAGACGACAUGGAUCUGCCUCAGGUCAGUCUUCUAGUUUUGGUCAGCAUGGUUCUAGCUCAAGACAGUCAUCUGGCUUUGGUCAACAUGAAUCUGGCUUAGGUCAGUCCUCUACAUAUAGACACCAUGGGUCUACUUCAGGACAAUCAUCAAGCUAUGGUGGAUCUGAAUCAGGUCAGUCUUCCAGUUAUGGUCAACAGAUAUCUGGAUCAGGUCAGUCUUCUAGCUAUGGCCAAUGUGGGUCUGGAUUAGGUCAAUCUUCUCACUGUAGUCAACAGACGUCUGGAUUAGGACAGUCUUCUGGCCAUGUCCAGUGUGGCACUGGCUCAAGUCAGUCCUCUAGCCACAGCCAAUUUGGGUCUGGAUGGAGUCAGUCUUCUAGCUACAGUCAACACAGAUCUGGCUCAGGUCAAUGUUCUACCCAGAGUCAACAUGGAUCGGGCUUGGGUCAGUGUUCUACCUCUGAACAGCCUGGGACUAGUUCAUGUCACUCAUCUAGCUCUGGACAAUGUGGUUCUGGAUCUGGUCAGUGUUCUAGCUAUGAGCAAUAUGAAUUACAAGGGAGAUGUAGGUCAAGUUCAAGUGGAACUCAUGGUGGGUAUAGUAGACCCCAAAUAGGCUCAACUCCCAAUCAAUCAAGAAGAAACAGCCAGGAAUGGUCAGGGUACAGUCAAAAAGAAAGAAGUAGGAGUUGCAGCCCAACAAGUAGCAAGUCUGAUGGAUAUGAGAGUAUUUGUGGACAAUCGGAAACAUGUAGGCAACAAAGCCAAGGAUGCAGCCAGGGUCAAACGGAAUCUGGCUACAGAUAUUCAAACUGUAAUGAAGGGCAACCAGGAGGUAGCUAUAGACAAGAGGAAAGCUCCUCAAGUUGUGGCUUUAGACAGUUUACACCGUCCUAUGGAGAAUCUAGAUCUAAUACUAGCAAUACAUUGUUAAUAUGCAAGGAGGAUAAUAGACAAGGUGGCAAAUAUUACCAGAGAGAAGGAGGUCACUAUGGAGGGAGAGACACAAACUCAAGUUUCUACAAGUUACGGAGCAGCACUCCACUCUAUGAGUAUGUCCAAGAACAGAGGUGCUAAUUCAAGUGAUGAAUAGUAAAUAGAAGUGAAGCUAACUCAAGUAGUAUUUUUAAAAAUAUGAAACUUACAUACAAGCAAUUCAUUACAAAACUUCUUUCUAAAAGUAGAUAUAUCUAUUUCUGUCCUUUCCUUUUAAACAUGUAACUGUACUUAAUUCCUUGUUAUUUGUUCCUUCCAAAGGAUGUAGGGUAUGGGGACUACUUUGCUAGGAAAUACAGAGUUGAAUAAAUGAUGUAUGAAAAUAAAUUCAGAAGAAUAAUGCAAAACAUUUAAGGAGCUUGGGGUUUAGUUGAGGUGUCUUUUUGAUAGCUCCUUACUCAUCAUAUGGUGCCAAAACUAAUCUUUCAUCUCUAAAGAGCAAAAAAUAAUAAAUGUGUUACCAGUUCUGGAGCCAAAGCUUCUCUUAUAGCAACAUGGACCAUAAUUUUCUGUAUGCUCCACAAUGGGUGGUGUCAGAAAAGACCCUAAAAGCAAAUAUGUAGCAUUGAUAACAUCUUUGCUUAUCAAAACCACCAAGCUCCUUUUCUUAGCUGCAUUUUUAAUGAAUAAACUAACAAGAGGCAUUAAAAAUUGGCACCAGAUGCUUCUCCCUAACCUGUGAGUGAGAGCAUUUUUUUCUUAAAGGGCAGGGAUGAAGGAUUGAAGGAACUAAAUGCUAGCUCUGACUUGGUUUCAGCAAGAAAGAUUUUGACCCCUACUACUAAGAAUUUUCUCCAGGUUAAAAAAAAAAAUUAGAAGAAUAAGAGCAUGAAAACACAAUGGCUCCAAACUACCUCUGUAGUUCACUGGCCUUCCUCAGAGGAAAAUAUCAUUUAUACAGCAAUGGAACAAAAUACUGUCAGCCACUACUUUACAGUUUCUUAGUUUGACUGUAGCAUAUUUGUUUCAAGUCUCUGGAUUCAAAUAACCAACUGCAUUAAAACUGACAAUAAAUAAUGAUGAUGAAA